CGGGCGCGUAAGCACAAAAUUGUGCAGAGGCCCACAAGGAAGCACAUCCGGCGACGACCAUGAGCAGCCCGACGCCCGCCAUCCACUCGCUCAGCGCGCCGCCGCGGACGCAGGCGCCGGCAACGCCUCCUCUCCGGCGCGCUACCUCCGCGGCUUCCACCCUCCGGGAUUCCCCACAGCCACCUCUAGCGCCCCUGAACACUCCCUCUCGCCGCGCCGCCCUCCUCGCACUCGUCCUGGCCGCCUCGCCGGCAAGACCCGCCGCCGCCGCCUUCUCCUUCAGCUUCCCUGGGCCGAAGGAGCUGCUGCGGGAGCAGAAGAGGAAGUCGGCGCGCUUCCUCCUCGCGCCCAUCGCCGCCUCCCGCGAGACCCUCGUCAAAGCCCAGGACCUUCUCGCUUCGGAGAAUGCGUCUGCCGCGGACGCCGAGGAGGUGAGGGGGCGGCUCAGCGCGGCGGGGAGGGACUGCGUGCCGCGGGAGAGGAACUCGAUAGUCGCCUUUCAGUCACGAACCGGCGUCGAGGUCUGCACAUUCAGCUUGAUUCUGAAGAAUGCGGCGUCGCUGCUUGACGAUAAGGAUCCUCUCAAGGUUGAAGCUGAUACUAGCCUUGCAGAGCUAAUACAAUCAUUCUCUGACCUGGGAACUGUCGUGGAUAACAGUAACUUUGAGCUCAGUGAUGAUAGAAAGAAGAUGAAGGAUGACCUGCUGAGCACUAUCUCCGCCCUUGAUAAAUACGAACAGGGUGUUAAGAAUUGUUUAGGUGUAUAGAAUAUUUUUGCUAAUUUUCAUUAAGUUCAUUCUCAAGCAACUCUUGAGGCUUAAAAUCAUUUCAGAAUAAUCAAUCAUUCUUGUUUUCCUUUCA